GGUUGGUUAAAGGCGGAACAGAUCGGUCAGUCCGAUGACGGGAUCGAGUGACUUAACGAUCGGUUCGAGAUGCGAACGCUUAAUAAACACGAUUCUGUCCCGAGAGACGAAACACAGUUCGGAAUAUGAACGAUUAACAAGUCUGCUUCGAUUCCUUCGUUGACCUGUGAUGCAUGUUGGCCAGAUGUUGGGUAAAGGUCUUAAACGCAAAUUGGAGCAGGAGGAGGAGAAUGAGCGGGAAAAAAUGGACCCUCAUCAGGAAGUGAUGCCCACCUUUUAUUGUCUUCAGAGGCAGACGGUGCUCACCCUUUCCUUAUUGAAGUUGCACAGUCAGCCAGCGCACUCAGAUCCAGGCCUGGCGCGAAGGGUUCUCAUCACAAACACACUCCGUCAUAUCCAGGAGGAGCUGAGAGUGGAGGCUGUUCUUCUACCUCAGUCGUUAGCCACCGCUGGGUCCCCGCCGGGUGCUGUCGACAGGGAACGCCCUGCAAGUGCAGAGUCGCCAUCUCACACCGAGAACAGUUUGACGCCGGUGUCACUACUGGAAGAGGACAGACAUCUGUUUCUAUCUUUGCAAUCGUCUGUUGCUAUCCAUACAGCCCCUUCUGUUUCUAAAAACUGCCCCUCAAUACCCAAUAUUAAGGACAGCUUCACCUCAGCGCUGGCUGAAAUUGAGGAUCUUUGUCCAGCUGUGGAGAUAACAUCUUCACUUACGAGUCCAUCUCUCUCUACGUCUUCUUUGGAAUCAGACAUGGCCAGCUCACUUGCAAUGAACCAAGACGUGCCAGAUAUUACUAGUUAUUCUGACACAACCGCAACAUGCUUGACUAGUUCUAAUAAAUUCAGACAAACAGAACCAGUUCAUGAAUCCAUGGAAAGCAAUAUGGACUCGCCAUUAUUUCAGUUCACCCCCUCACUCUUGGACUCCGCCCAAUCUCUUUUUAACCACUGCCCCUCACUUCUUGCUGAUUUCUCACUGGACGAUUUUCUGUUUACAGAAAUUGACAACUUAUUGUUUGACAAUACGCCAUGUAGUUCAUCUCUGAGCGCAUCCUCAGGCUCAUCGAAAGUCGCUUCUAUGGUAAGAGAUGAUUUUGUUAAGACGCUUACUAGUGGGGUGAGCCAAGCCGCGCUUCCAUCAAGUCAGACAUUCAGAUUGGAUCUUAAUGAACUUGAUCAUAUCAUGGAAGUUUUGGUUGGGUCUUGACUCGACACAUUGGUCACCCGGAUCUAAUUAAAUAAUAUAUGAUAUUUAUUCAACUUUAUCAGGUAAUUUGAAGGUCAACUUUGUUAACACAGGUAUUUUGGAAAGCAGAACACGAGUUUCUAUGCUGAUGAAGUUAUUUAUUCACACGUUUGUAUAUUUGUAUUUUUGCAAAGGGUCCAAAAAUGUAUGUAAAAUAUUGCAGCUCUUAUAUAAUCAUGUUAUUAUUAUUUUUAUGGGUUUUUUUGUGCAUCAUACUUUUUGAUUGAGCUACAUUCCCUUAUUUUAUAUAUUCAGAUAUUUUGAUAAUAAAAAAUAAACAUUGAAA